CUCAUAUCGUGUAUAUCGUUCUGCACUUACGAAAACAAAAUGUUACACUUUUUGGAAAUUGCAAAGUGUUCAAGAUUAUUGGGUAAACAUAGAGCGAUACGAUACGCGCGUGUAUUGGCGUUAAGUAGUCUAAGAACGGAAAGUACUGAUAAACUUUGUGCAAAAAAGGAUGAAUUUCAACACAGGCACAUUGGUCCGAGAGAAGAAGAACAGAUAGACAUGCUGCAGAGCAUUGGUUUUAAGAGUUUGGAGGAAUUAACAAAAGCAGCAGUUCCUGCAAAGAUUCUUUACAAUGGGGAAUUAAGGAUUGAACAAUCACUUACCGAAUAUGAAUUAUUAAAAAGAAUCACAAAAAUUUCUGAAAAGAACGACGUGUGGCGUUCCUACAUUGGAAUGGGAUAUCACAAUUGUUGCGUUCCUCACACCAUCAUGAGAAACAUGUUCGAGAAUCCAGGAUGGACGACGCAGUACACACCGUAUCAACCAGAGAUCUCUCAGGGUAGACUCGAAGGUCUACUAAAUUACCAAACGAUGAUAUGCGAUUUAACCGGCAUGGAAGUGGCGAACGCAUCGCUUCUGGACGAAAGCACAGCAGCGGCGGAAGCUUUGGCUCUAGCUCAUAGGAGCAACAAGAGGAAGAAACUGUUCGUUUCUGAUCAAGUUCAUCCCCAAACGAUUAGCGUGAUCGCCACACGUGCUACUUCCCUGGGUCUCGUUUUAGAAAUCGGGGACGUUUUUCAAGUCGAUACCAGUGGGAAGGAUAUCGCUGGAAUCCUGUUUCAAUAUCCGAAUACAACUGGAUCGAUUCAUGCGUUCGACGAUGUCGCGGAAAGGGCACGAGCCGAUGGCACACUUGUCUGCGCUGCUACCGACUUGCUGGCACUGGCCAUUCUUCGACCUCCGAGCGAAUUUGGAGUUGACAUAUGCAUCGGUACGAGUCAACGGUUCGGCGUGCCGUUGGGAUACGGAGGACCUCAUGCUGGAUUCUUCGCGUGUCGACAGAAGCUGGUCCGUUUGAUGCCUGGAAGGAUGAUCGGCGUUACGAAAGACUCUACCGGCCGAGACGCGUAUCGUUUAGCCCUUCAGACGCGUGAACAGCACAUCCGAAGAGACAAAGCUACCAGCAACAUUUGCACAGCACAGGCGUUGCUGGCGAACAUGUCUGCAAUGUAUGCGGUGUACCACGGGCCCGAAGGUAUAAAGAAUAUAGCGAACAGAGUGCACAAUUUGACUCUGAUUCUCGCCAAGGGUUUGGAGAACGCAGGCAAUAAAGUGGAGAACGAAUACUUCUUCGACACCAUCAAAAUAUCGCCGAAACUGGACAUAGACACUAUUAAACGUAAUGCUACUACGCGUAAGAUGAAUUUCAGGUACUACGAAGAUGGAAUUGGGAUAUCGUUGGACGAAACCACAACCGUGCAAGACGUGAACGAUAUCUACGAAAUAUUCUGCGCGAAAACAACGGUCGAAGAUAUCUGUGGGGACGAGUCCUGUACCAGCAGAGACUUGAGUAAAUCGUCUUUCGUUCGCAUCACACCGUACCUGCAGCAUCCUGUGUUCAAUAGUCAUCGUUCUGAAACAAGAAUCGUUCGAUACAUGAAAUCUCUGGAGAAUAAAGAUGUGUCUCUGGUGCACAGCAUGAUACCACUAGGAUCCUGUACGAUGAAACUGAACUCCACCACGGAAAUGAUGCCUUGCAGUCUACCAGGAUUCACGGACAUCCAUCCUUUCGUGCCUAUCGAGCAAGCCAAAGGAUACCAACAGUUGUUCACCGAACUGGAGGAGGAUCUAUGCGCUAUAACUGGUUACGACAAUAUAAGUUUUCAACCGAACAGCGGUGCCCAGGGCGAAUACGCCGGUUUAAGAGCGAUACAAUGUUACCACGAGGCUGAAGGCGACCAGAAACGACGUGUCUGUCUGAUUCCUAUCUCUGCUCACGGCACCAAUCCCGCGUCUGCUCAGAUGGCCGGUAUGCAGGUUAAGCCAAUUCUGGUGCAAAAAGACGGAUCUGUGGACAUCACACAUUUAACAGAAAUGAUCGACAAAUAUCGGGAGACAUUGUCCUGUUUGAUGAUAACGUACCCGUCAACCAACGGUGUCUUCGAGGAGACAAUCAGUGACAUUUGUUCCAUGGUCCACGAAGUUGGAGGUCAGGUGUACCUGGACGGAGCUAACAUGAACGCCCAGGUAGGACUGUGUCGACCAGGCGAUUACGGUAGCGACGUGUCCCAUCUAAAUCUGCACAAAACUUUCUGUAUACCUCAUGGGGGUGGCGGUCCUGGAAUGGGACCCAUUGGAGUUAAACGACAUCUGUCGCCAUUCCUGCCGAGUCAUCCUGUAGUCAAUUGCACGAGCAACACUGGUAACAAUGUGCAACAAUCUGGCGCUGUAUCAGCUGCCCCAUUCGGUUCGUCGGCGAUUCUGCCGAUUUCAUGGGCGUAUAUCAAGAUGAUGGGUCCCGGAGGAUUGCGAAAAGCCACGCAAGUGGCUAUCCUCAAUGCUAAUUAUAUGAGCAAACGAUUAGAGAAAUUUUACAGAACGUUGUACAAAGGAAAGACGGGACUGGUGGCUCAUGAAUUUAUCCUGGACGUAAGGGACUUCAAGAAAACGACGAACAUCGAAGCUGUGGACAUCGCGAAGAGACUGAUGGAUUAUGGUUUUCAUGCUCCUACGAUGAGUUGGCCUGUUGCUGGCACGUUGAUGAUAGAACCGACCGAAUCCGAGGACAAAGGCGAAUUGGACCGGUUCUGCGAUGCUCUUAUUUCUAUAAGGCACGAGAUUAAUGAUAUUGAGACUGGAAAAGUAGACAUAGCCAAUAAUCCAUUGAAAAUGGCACCACACACUCAGGAACAAGUGAUAUCGAGCACGUGGGAUCGAUCCUACUCACGGGAAUUAGCAGCGUUUCCGGCUCCGUUUGUCAAGGGAAACAAUAAAAUCUGGCCAAGUGUAGGACGAAUUGACGAUAUAUACGGCGAUACAAAUCUAUUCUGCACUUGUCCUCCUAUUUUGCAACAAUCAUAA